CUUUUUUUGUAGGAAGAUUGAAAAUGGGGUGAUUGUGUUCUUUUAUCAUCCAAUCACAACUAACCCAGAACAAGCCCGGGACAGCACUCCUCCUGAUGUCGGAAGAUUCAGCCUCCACACCUCAUCCCUUCACGGUUCUGGAGGACCAGACAGGAGUCUCAUGCAGCUCCAUGCCAAGGGGGGCCUCAAGGUGCAGCGCCAUGGCACAGCUACACCGAAUGGGUGGCUACAGCCAAAGUGGGCCUGACUUAGGCCUCCCCUCAGAGGGCAGCGACAGCAGUGGUCAGGACCCUCGCGCUCCGCCACCUAAGCAUCGCAAGACCGCCCGCUCCCGUCCGCUCCCCGAGGAGGACGUGGAGAUGAAGAGCAGUGGGUCCAGCGGGAGUGGAACCGAAUCACAGGACAAUGAAAGCAACGGCAACAAGAGUAACGGCAACGAGAGCCACGACCACUCGUCGACGAGCAGCUCCAAUGGCACCAGUAAAGACUCUGCACUGCUGGAAUCUUCUGAAAGCAACAAGAGCUCAAACUCUCACAGUCCGUCUCCUCCCAGCAGCUCAAACGCCUUCAGUCUGCUAAGCUCAGAGCAGGAUAAUCCUUCAACCAGCGGCUGCAGUAGUCAGGAGUCCGCCAAAGCCAAGACCCAGAAAGAGAUGAUUAAAACUCUGAAAGAGCUGAAGCUUUACCUGCCCGCUGAGAAGAGACACAAUAAGUCAUCCACACUGAACACCCUCAAGUACGCACUGCGCUGCGUCAAGCAAGUGGAAGCCAAUGACGAGUAUUACCAGCUGUUGAUGACCAAUCACAGUCAACCUUCAGUCCUGGAUGUCUCCUCUUAUACGAUAGAGGAGAUAGACAGCAUCACUUCUGAAUACACCCUCAAAAACAAUGUCUUUUUUGCCGUAGCCGUGUCUCUCGUUACAGGAAGAAUAGUCUACAUUUCUGACCAAGCUGCCUCCAUCCUCAACUGCAAAAGAGAAGUUUUCAAGAAAAGCAAGUUUGUGGAGUUUAUUAUUCCACAGGAUGUUAGUGUCUUCUACAGCUUCACAACGCCCUACCGCCUGCCCUCCUGGAGCAUGUGCACUGGAGCAGAGGCAUCGCCGCCUGACUGCAUGCAGGAGAAGUCCUUCUUCUGUCGCAUCAGUGGUAGUAAUAAGUGUGAGGGCAAUCUGCAGUACUAUCCAUUCCGCAUGACACCCUACCGGAUGAAGGUCCAAGACACAGUGCAUGCUGAAGACCAGUUCUGCUGCCUCCUGCUGGCUGAGAUAGUUCACUCCGGUUAUGAGGCACCCAGAAUUCCAACGGAUAAACGCAUCUUCACCACCACACACACACCGAGUUGUGUGCUUCAGGAUGUGGAUGAGAGGGCAGUUCCUCUUCUUGGGUACCUCCCCCAAGACCUGAUUGGCACACCAUUCCUCCUCCAUUUGCAUCCCAAUGACCGACCAAAUAUGUUGGCCAUUCACAGAAAGAUUCUUCAAUUCGCAGGACAACCAUUUGACCACUCGUCCGUCCGGUUCUGUGCGCAAAAUGGAGAAUACAUCGUUCUUGAAACCAGCUGGUCCAGUUUCGUCAACCCCUGGAGCCACAAGGUCUCCUUUGUUAUUGGAAGACACAAAGUGUGCACGGGCCCCGUGAAUGAAGAUGUUUUUGCAGCCCCGGCGUCCACUGUCCAGGAGAUGAAGACCAUGGACUCUGACAUCCAGGACCUUACUGAGCAGAUCCAUCGGCUCCUGCUACAGCCGGUCCGUAACAGUGGGUCCAGUGGCUACAAUAGUGUGAACAGAAAUGAACACCCUGUAGGCAUGAGCUCCUCUAGUGAGAGCCUCAAAAGCGGUAGCGGGAGCAAGAUCCAGCCAGAGGAGGAGGAAGUGAGCGGCAAAGCCAGACCGAGAAGUUUUCAGGAAAUCUGUAAAGGAAUACAUCUUCAGAAGAGCCAAGAGCAGCAGACAACCAGACAAGACAUCAAGAAAAGCAAUGGCAUAGAGUCUGUACAAAAGAGCUCAGCGGUGGUGCGGCCCAAACACUCAGCAGCUCCCCUCAACUGGAAGGAGACAGAAGCCAUGAUGGAGGAGACUAGGUCCUCUUCCCAAGAGGAGACAGCCUUCAAUGAUCCGACUGUCUACUCCUACCAGCAGAUCAGCUGUCUGGACAGUGUUGUCAGGUACUUGGAGGGCUGUAAUGUUCCCAUCACAAUGAAGAGGAAGUGCCAGUCUUCCUCUAACACCACGUCCUCUAACUCAGAUGAGGACCAACAGAAAGGACCUAACAUUAUGCAGGUGUCUGAAGAACCAGCCUUGUUGAAGGAUCACUCUGUGCUCUCCCUAUUGGAUGAUCAAGACAAAAAGUCCAGUGACGCGGCCACAGCGGUAGUGGGCACUUCAUUGCCCCUACCUGUACCUAACAAAACAGAAAGCGUGGUGUCCAUAACCAGCCAGUGUAGCUACAGUAGCACCAUAGUGCAUGUUGGGGACAAGAAACCUCGACCAGACUCAGAUAUCAUAGGGGAUGUCCAAGGAACAGGAGAGACUGUAGAAUCCAGCCACAACCCUGGGGCUCCUCUUUCUGUUGUUUCACCUCCCAUUCAGGAGAGGGAGCCCUAUAAGAAAAAACUUGGGUUGACCAAACAGGUUUUGGCAGCCCACACGCAGAAGGAGGAGCAGACCUUUCUGUAUCGCUUCAGGGAGCAUCAAGGACUCACAGCACUCAAAGAAAACUGCUCUCAGUACCUGGAGAGUCAAAGAGAACAGAUCGCCAGCGAUGCUGUACCUGCUGCUCGGCCCUACAAUGAGGGUGGACCGAGAGUACUGCCCACUUCGCGGCGAGAUGCACGACAUAAAAAGACCAAGUCAAAGCGAGCAAAGCAAAUGGAGUCCUCAGAUAACAAAAUGUCCCAUCACAGACAGCAACAUCUGCAGCCUCCUCUUCUAAACCUCGGCCUUAACCCGACCUCAUGGUCUCGUUCUGACACCUCACAGUCGACUUCCCCCAUGGCCUACCCCUCCGUGGUGCCAGGCUUUCCGCUCCAGGUUUACCCCGGAGCCAAUUCCCUACCUCCCCACACAGACGCCACUCUACAAGGCUUUGGGCACAAUCAGGGAAUCCAGUCCCCUCCCUGUCCCCCAUCCAUCCAUCCUGCUCCCUACACCACCCCCAUGGUCACCCCCAUUGUGGCUCUGAUGCUGCCCAUGGCCUACCCUACAAUUGCCCCCGGACUGCCACCUCCCCAGCCAGUGUACCACACAGUAACUGGUGGCUUCCCCACCCAAUUGCCGCCUUUUGGCCUGGCUGCCUCUCCGGGCCAAGGGCCUUUCACAGAGCCACCUUCCUUCAGUGUUCAGAACCAGUUCACCACCCAGAACCCAUUUCCUCUUCAAGCAGGCAGCCUGACCCCGUCGUUCUACUUUCCUCCAUCCUUGGAAACCUCAAAGGCCCCUGUGGUGGAGGGCCAGUCUCGCUCCUCUUCGCCCCAGUCUGGAGGAGAUGGAGGCCAGGCGUCCCCACCCCUGUUCCAGUCUCGGUGCAGCUCACCCCUCAACAUGCUGGGGCUGGAGCUGUCAGUGGAGCGGCAGGACAGCACAGUGCUCUCCUCUGGACAAGGGAAUAAUGCGGCUGAAAGGGAGGAAAUAACAAGUGGCAACCAGGCCAAGGAGAGGGAGCUGAAGCAGGUAAACAAGGUAAAUUCACAUGGUGACGGGAACAACAGUGACUCCAACUCUUUGUCCAGCGGCGUGUUGGACAUUAUUCCUGAUGAGGACUCAUGCUCAGUCACUGGCUCAGCCACCUCGGGGUCCAUGGGCUCAGGGUCCAACGGCUUUAGAACUUCAGCCAGCGGGACGUCCAACAGCGGGACAUCUAAGAGCAAGACGUCAGCCAGUGGGACCUCCGGCAGUGGAAAAGGAAGCAACAACAGUAGUAAAUACUUUGGCAGCGUGGACUCGUCCCAGAACAGCCAGAAGGUUAACGAUCAUUUGAGCGGCAGCAAGGGACAGGCCGUGGCAAUGGACCAGAGCGAACACUUCAUCAAUGACAUCCAGAGAGUGCUCAGAGAGGACCGAGAGAAGCUGAGGCUGCUGCAGAAGAACCAGCCACACUUUUCAGAGGAGCAGAAGAUGGAGCUGGUGGAGGUCUACCCCUGGUUCAAGAAGGGAGGUCUGCCCAAGGCAAUAGACAUCAAGACGUGCUCCUGCUGUGCCGGUGUGUCAGAGUUAGCAGCAGCGGAGGAAGUGGCGGCGGCGGCAGCAGCAGCAGCAGCAGCAAAGGAUCAGCCAGACCAAGACAUUGGUGAUACAGAGAUGGGGGAGGUCAGCUGCCAGGGGAGGCCCGGAAAGGAACCUUCAAACACUCUACAGACACAGCCAGCUAGACAACAAACUUCUCAAGAUUUUCAGUGAGAUUAAUCAUCUCUUCAGCGUUUUGUUUUUGUACAAAUGAAGAAGGACCUAGUUUAGUUAAAGCAUCAUACAGGCCCUUUGUUCUUCACACAACUUUAUUUCUGUUUGGCUGGAACAGUCAGGACUUUUGCAGAAUGUAAAUAUACAAGUGCUGGACUCUGAGACUAUGUAUGUUUAUGAAUUUGUUUCUGUGUAGCACUUGACACAGCGCAACAUAUGCACUGAUCACGAGAGGCCGAGGCCAAUAAGGGAAACGCUAUAUGUGCUCAUACACCAGGCCGCACAGUAGAGGUUAAUAUACAUCAACCAACUGGAGGUCGCUUCAUGCACGUCGGGAAAUGGCUUUGUGGUGUUGUAAAUGCUGCAGUAAAUGAAUGAAUUCAGCAUUUUGUGACGCGAUUUCCUCAGUUACAACAACGCCGUGCUACGUCAGCAUGUGGUGAGAACAGGUGGAGUUAAGUUCCAGCCACUCCUGUCAUGAAUAGCCUAAAGCACCAUCUGAAGAGAGGAUUGCACUUCGUGGGCUACACUGGAAGAAGAUGGAAAACACGAGUUAGGAAAUUAAAGUGCAAAAAAGCAAACUUGCACCUGUAUACAGCAGUGACCAGGCAUGGACUCAUCUGCAAUUGGUGAAGCUUCCGACUGGAAAACCUACUCGGGUUAUUCACUAAAGUAGACAUAAUGAAAAUGCAAUGCAAGAAGUAUAGUAGCAUAAAAUGGAAAAAGUGCAAUUGUUACUGAUCCCCAGGCACGGUGGAGGUGCUGAACACAUUCAAGACUGCACUAAGAAAAGGACAAUCAGGUGAAACAUGUCCUGUAAAGUUACAUCUACUCACCAAUCCAACAUGUUAUAUUAUUUCUGAGAAAGUAUCUUAAAAAUUAGCCUUUUUUUCGAGUUUCCAGUGGUAUAUGCAUAUUUCCAUUCAGCAUUUGUUUCACUAUCAGCUGUGAAACUUAUUAAAUGCUUGUGUGAAUGUUUGUAACAGUCUUUGAAUCUAAGCAUUUUUUUUAUUUUUUUACAUAUGCCGUUUUCUGUAUGAGACUUAGGUUUUAAAGUUAUUUAUGGAAACGCCUGCUUAAAAAACAAGCAGGACCAAGAUGAUUUAUAU